AUGGCCCUGUCCCCCCGGGGAACCCUGGACCGCUCAGCCCUUGCCCCGCCGGCAGAGGAGCCCUGGCCUGAGACCUAUGAAAUCCGGCGCCAGGGUUCCCGGCAGAGGCCCACUGGCCCAUCUCCCCCCCGUGCACGCCCCUCUCCCGGUGCGGGUCCCCUGGUGGCCGUCCCAGUCCUGGAGCCCGAGGCAGAGCAGAGCGCGGACAUCAUCCUGGUGGGCUCCAGCAAGCCGGCGCCCGGUGUCGGUGCAUAUGACGUCCAGGUGGACCGGAGAGACAUAGAAGGCAUGUGCAUCUGCUGCGGGAGCCUCCAGGUGCACACGCAGCACCCCCUGUUUGAGGGGGGGAUGUGCGCUCCGUGCAAGGACAAGUUUCUGGACUGCCUGUUCCUGUACGACGACGACGGCUGCCAGUCCUACUGCUCCAUCUGCUGCUCCAGGGACACGCUGCUCAUCUGCAAAAACCCGGACUGCACCCGAUGCUACUGCUUCAAGUGUGUGGACACCCUGGUGGCCCCCGGGACGUCGGGGAGAGUUCAGGCCAUGAGCAACUGGCUGUGCUUUCUGUGCCUGCCCUUCAGGCGCAGCGGGCUCCUGCAGAGGCGCAGGCAGUGGCGGGGCUGGCUCAAGGCCUUCUGCGACCGGGAAUUGGAGACUCCCCUGGAGACCUAUGAAACGGUGCCCGUGUGGAAGCGAGAGCCGGUCCGGGUGCUGUCCCUCUUUGGGGACAUCAGGACAGAGCUCGUGAGUUUGGGCUUCUUGGAGGGUGGUUCCAACCCGGCAGGACUGAAGCACUUGGAUGAUGUCACGGAUGUCGUGAGGAGGGAUGUGGAGGGAUGGGGCCCGUUCAACCUGGUGUAUGGCUCGACACCCGCCCUGGGCCACGCCUGUGACCAUCCUCCGGCCUGGUACCUGUUCCAGUAUCACCGCGUCCUGCAGUACGCGAGGCCCCGGCCGGCCUGCCCGCAGCCCUUCUUCUGGAUGUUCGUGGACAACCUGGUGCUGACGCGAGAGGAACAGACCGUGGCCACUCGCUUCCUGGAGGCCGACCCCGUGACCAUCCAGGACGUCUGUGGCCAAGCCGUGCGGGACGCCGUGCACGUGUGGAGCAACAUCCCCGCCGUGAAAAGCAGACACUCAGCCUUGGCCUCCCGAGAGGAACUGUCCCUGCUGGUGCACAACAGGCAGAGGACAAAGCCGCCCCUCCAGGGCCCAGCCAAGCUGGUGAAGAACUGCUUUCUCCCCCUGAGAGAAUAUUUCAAGUAUUUUUCAACAGAACUCACUUCCGCUUUAUAAAUGAUAUAUUUUACCGAGGAGGGAAAAAAAAAAGACUUUUCCUAGAAGCGGGGAACUUACGUUGUUUCUUUUUUCCUUUCCAAAUUGUUAUUUUAUUUGCUUGACCUUGGAUUUCCCAAGAUUGCUACAGACACAUCUUUCCUUUGGGUGUGGUGAGGCAGGGCCUCUGCCCCGCGGUGCCCUUUGUUGGAGGGCGUGAGGCUCCCAGCACCCAGCCAUGGACACGAGCCUCAUGUUGGGAAGCAGAUUUGCCACUGAAAAUGUUUCUUGUGUGCUGGUUGAGAAGUUAAAAAUAUAUUUAUUGUGGUCGUCACUGGUCAUCUUCUCGUGUUUCUGUGCGCGUUGCAGAGCUGGUUUCAAGUGACACGGAAUGAAUCCUAGAGAGAUCUUUCUAGGAUUUUUUUUUUUAGCCAGAAAAUCCCCCAAGUGACGUAG